UGCAAGUAUUGACAUUUUUGUUUAAACAGAGUUUAGGGCAACAGUUAUAUAGAUACAUCUGAGUGUCCGAUUUAGAUCCAUUAUUUUAAUCUGCUGUUGAUGGGUAUGUGUAAGAAACAACACCUGGAAACUGUGUAUACGCAAAUGGACAUUUUUAUUAUACGGACUGACUAUUGAGUGAGUUUUUUGUUGUGAAAGAAGAUCUAAGUUUAUUUAUUCCACGUGACUAGAGAGAAGGUUUAGAACAAUGGCUGCUCUUUGUGAGGCAAACACCACCUUUGCUUUGGAGAUGUACAAGAAGAUAACUGAGGAAAAUAAAGUCUGCAACAUCUUCUUUUCUCCAUUAAGUAUGUCAUCUUCAUUGUCUAUGGUCCUCUUAGGAGCAAAAGGCGACACUGCUGCACAGAUGUCAAAGGCUCUGCAGCUUGACAAAAGCGAGGAUGUUCAUUCCCAGUACCAGGAACUUAUCACAGCAAUAAAUAACCCAUCUGCUGUUGGUACUCUGAAGAUGGCCAAUCACCUUUUUGGAGAACAGACAUACAACUUUUUGCAAGACUACAUUACAGCAACUAAAAAGUUUUAUCAUGCAGAACUUGAAGCAUUGGAUUUUGUGGGUGCACCAGAUUCAGCAAGGACACACAUCAAUGAAUGGGUAGAGGGCCAGACACAAGGGAAAAUCCAAAACUUACUUGCUAGUGGAACCAUUGACAGCCUUACCAGACUUGUGUUAGUGAAUGCCAUCUACUUCAAAUGUGACUGGGAUAGUAAAUUCAAAGAGAGCAGUACAAAAGAAAGGCCAUUUAGAAUAAGCAAGACCCAAACCAAACCCGUUCAGAUGAUGAGUCAGAAAGGCAAGUUUAACAUGGCCUUCAUACCAGAUAUGCAGAUGAAAAUCCUUGAACUACCUUAUGCUAAUAAAGAGAAGAAAAUGUUAAUCGUUCUGCCCUUGGACAUAAAUGAUGACACUAAUGGACUUGAACUGGUUGAGAAGAAUCUAAGCUAUCAGAAUUUGGUGGAGUGGACCAAUCCCAACAUGAUGGACAAUAUGGAAAUCAUGGUGCAAAUUCCAAAAUUUAAGCUUGAGGAUAGCUAUGAUCUUAAGCCAAAGCUGAUAAGCAUGGGAAUGGUAGAUGCAUUCAGCCCAGGACAGGCUAACUUCUCUGGAAUGUCAGACAGAAAUGAUCUACAUUUGUCAAAGGUGGUCCAUAAAGCAUUUGUGGAAGUAAAUGAGGAGGGAACAGAGGCAGCAGCUGCCACUGCGGCUGUCAUGAUGCUCCGUUGUGCACCACGGUUUGAGCAGUUUAAUGCUGACCAUCCAUUUCUAUUCACUAUUCUAGAUUGUAAAACCUCCACCAUCCUUUUCCUUGGCAGAUUCUGUUCCCCAUAAGCUCUUUAUGCAGUAGCAUUGUUUAGAUGCUGUUUCUUUCAUCUGAAUAAUGAAAUAAGCUUU